AUGGAUCUCAAACUGGCUCGACUCGCUCUCCCUAAUGAACCUUUUUUCAGAGCGUUCUUUCAGCACUUCAAGGAUUCUCCGAAUCGUCCCAAAUUUCAUGACUUCCAACUGAAUAUCGAUGCCCACUACACGCAGUUUCUCCAGGAUGUUCACGCUACCCAGAUAGGGCUCCAGUCAGCAAACUCUAUGGGAUGCAAAGACUGUCCCUAUGUGUUUCUUCUCAAUCCCUGCAACUAUGAAUUCGCUGUCGCAGCUUUUGCAAUUCUUGCGACGGGCCGGGCCUUGGUUCCACUGGCCCCAGCGAUUAUGCCGGAAGAAGCUGUGCAUCUGAUGCGCAUGUGUCGGUCGACUACCCUUCUGAUGGGGUCAACUACCUCCGAGCGUGGAAGCGAAAUUAUGACACAUGCCGCGACUGAGGGCUACCUUGUUGACGCCUUGCUUAUAUGCACUAAAAGCAAUCAACCUGUCGAGCCACUCAUUGAUGAGACCUGGGAUAUUGAGUCCAGUAGUCCUGGUAUGAUCGUAUUUACGUCGGGGACAUCGGGACCCCCCAAAGCUGUGGUGCACACCCGACGUCUAUUCUACGUGACGUAUGACCCUCACAUGAACGGCGUUUCUUUGUUAAGCGGACCUCCGCAGUGGGUUGGUGGUUCUCUUAGAAUUAUCCUGCAUACAUUCUAUGGAUAUUGCAUGCACAUAGUCCCCGCUGACCCGAAGAUCAUGUGGGAGCGCUUGCGCCAGGGAGGCAUCACCUUCAUGGGCAACCCUCCGAUGAUGUGGGGGAGAUUGAGGGAUUAUUUCCUGCAGAACCUGGACCAACUACCGUCCUCGGAACGGGAUCAAUAUCUACGUGGGAUGCAAAAUCUCCGAGCGGCAAAUGUAUCCGGAUCAGCAUUGCCUGAGCCACUUGGCAGGUUCUGGCGAGAGAUGGGGAGACCGUUAACCAUUUGCUAUGGUGCCACGGAGCUAGGCAGGAUAUCUCUGAAGACUUCAAAAGAUAGUGAUCCUGACCUCAAGCGCUGUAUUGGUCGACCACUCCCCGGUAUUUCUGUUCGACUGUCAGAUGGGGACCAUGGAGAAUUUGAGAUCAAGAACUCUACACUCUUCUCCGGAUAUCUGAAUGACCCUGUGGCAACAAAGAAAGCUUUUACCGCCGACGGAUUUUAUAGAACUGGUGACUGUGGCCACAAGGUGGGAGACGAUUACGUCUUUGACGGCCGAGUAUCAUCCGACUUUAUCAAGUUCCGCGGGUACCGAGUGCCUGUCAUUGAACUGGAAACGCGAUUGAACGAGGUUCACGCUGUGGUUGAAGCCUAUGUCGUUCCUGUACCAGAUGAGAACUAUGGGUAUCGCGUGGGAGUAUUGAUUCAGUUCGAUUCCGAGAAAGCGAACCAGGUUCUGGGCAUGCAAUAUAUCCGAUCCCAACUAUCAGAUAAAGUUCCCAUGUUCAUGAUCCCGACUGCAUUGCGGGUGUUGGCGGCUGGUGAUACAGUCCCACGAACCGCGUCAGGAAAACUGAUACGCAAAGCUGCGGCUGAGAAGUACUUUCUGCGUACAGAUGGUCCUGGAUUAGCUGAUGACGUGCAGGUCUGGAUUUUGAAGGCAGAGGAACUGCAGGCCCGGAACGCGUGGGACUGGGGAGGUACUCCAAUGACAGUUUAG